UUUGGGCACACUCACAUGAUCCUGUCUUUGUCUUUCUUCGAUUUUUCAUAAAUUUAAUUUCCCUUAAAAGAGUUGACAAUAAAUUAAAACCCAAUUCAAAUACCAAAAGCGUCUAUUCAACAAUUCGAUACCAUUCCAAGGACCAAGGUACAUAUGUUUGAGGCGGCAACAAGAAGUUGGAGUCUGUUUCCACGGUGUACAAUGAUGGAAACAGAUCCACAAUCACAAAUUACAAAGUUUCCAUGAUUAUGAAUCUUAAAUUUUCGGCUUCUGGGCUGUUGUAAUGGAAAUCUGUCUACAAGAUUGGGACAGAGACAGAUAAAAAAAACCAAGUGAAGAGAGUGGGUGUUCGGGAAAUUUUUUGGAAGUCCACACUCCACCUCUCUGUGUGUGUGGCAACAGUGUCCUCCGUGUUUGGGAUUUCUGAAAGAAAUGACGCUUCCCCACUUCAAAGUUUUAAAUUUUUAAUUUCAUUGAACUGCUAUUAUUUAAUUUCAAUUAUAUUUUGAGUGAUUCGUUCCCAUACUCUUGGUCCUGGUCCUGGUCCUGGUCGCAGCUUGACGUCUUUAAUGUAACGACACCAUGGUAGAGAGAUUUACAGGUUUGAAAACCUUUUAGCGAUAACAGAUGUCGACUUUAUAGAAAGUUUAUAUUUUGUGGAGUUGUUUGCAAUAACUAAUGCAGAUAAAGUGUUUGAAUAAAGAACUAGUUCACAUGUUGACUUGAACUUGUGGCCUCAAAACUUGGGGAAGUUCUCUAAGGUUCUUAUACAAGUUGAUGUAUCUUUAUGUCAUUUAUUCACAUGAUACUUGAAGAUUGAAAGCCUCCACUGCUUUUUUCGUGCACCUGUGGCUUUAAGUUCUUGCCUAGUCAGUUUCAGAAUCAGAGCCUAAAAUCUACGAGAAAGAAAAGUUUAUUUUUGGCUUGUAUAUAUACUGAUCUCAUCCCUUCUUACAUCACAGAUUGAAUCCUUUAGUUUGAAGCCGUAGCAGCAGAUUCGAAAGAGUGCAAUGGGAUAUGGUAAUUCAACAUCAGUAAGGUUUCAAGAAGAUAUGCGAUUAACAAAGCUGCCAACAAGCGUUGGAAAUGGUGUAUUUAAAUAUAGAUUUGAUAUUAAGGGAAACCAAAUAUUAGAUUCAAGCAACAAGUAUGAGAAGGAGGUAGAUGAAAAAUCAGGGAAAUCAUUGAAAGCCAAAGUACUGUCGAGAGUCUUCUCUGAGGACUACGAGAGAGUUAAGAACAAGAUAUUAGAUCCUCGAGGACAAACUAUUCAACGAUGGAACAAGAUAUUUUUGGCAGCAAGUUUAGUUUCAUUGUUUGUGGAUCCUCUAUUCUUUUUCCUGCCAGGAGUAUCGGAUAAAUCGUGUAUAAAUAUUGACAUACCUCUUGAAGUCGUUCUUACAAUUGUUAGGUCAAUUGCUGAUAUCUUCUACAUGGUUCAGAUUUUUAUUCGAUUCCGUACAGCUUACGUUGCGCCUUCUUCCCGUGUUUUUGGGAGAGGUGAGCUUGUUAUCGAUUCUUCAAAGAUUGCAACGAGGUACCUACACAAGAAUUUCUGGAUUGACCUCAUCGCUGCCCUGCCCCUUCCUCAGGUCUUACUUUGGGUUAUUAUCCCCAAUCUUAGGGGUUCAACAAUGACAAAUACCAAAAACUUUUUGAGAUUGUUCAUCAUUUUCCAAUUCCUCCCAAGACUAUUUCUUAUAUUUCCACUCUCAUCACAAAUUAUCAAUGCCGCGGGAGUUGUGACUGAAACGGCAUGGGCAGGAGCUGCAUAUAACCUCAUACUUUACAUGCUGGCAAGCCAUGUUUUAGGAUCUUGCUGGUAUCUUCUCUCAAUUGAGCGACAAGAAGCAUGCUGGAGAAGUGUCUGUGAUAGUGAGAAGCCAUCGUGUCAGCAUGGAUUCUUUGACUGCCACAGUAGUUAUGGCUCUUUUAGGGAGUCUUGGUUCAAAUCAAGCAAUAUUACCGACCAAUGUGAUCCAGGUAGUAAGUUUUAUCCAUUCGGUAUCUAUGGUGAUGCAUUGACCUUUCAUGUUACAACUGCACCAUUCUUCAACAAAUACUUCUACUGUCUUUGGUGGGGCUUAAGGAACCUGAGCUCUCUUGGUCAAAGUCUUUCCACAAGCACAUAUUCAUGGGAAAUAAUUUUUACCAUCAUAGUCGCAACGCUAGGUCUGGUUCUCUUCGCGCUGCUGAUCGGCAAUAUGCAAACCUAUCUUCAGUCGACCACUGUUCAUUUAGAAGAGUGGAGGAUCAAGAGAACUGAUACAGAGCGAUGGAUGCAUCACAGGCAGCUACCUCAAGAGUUAAGGAAGUCUGUUCGGAAAUAUGAUCAGUACAAGUGGGCGGCCACCCGAGGAGUGGAUGAAGAAUCUGUUCUUAAAUGCCUUCCUUUGGAUCUGAGAAGAGAUAUCAAGCGCCAUCUAUGCCUUGACCUAGUCCGACGAGUUCCGCUGUUUGAUCAAAUGGAUGAAAGGAUGCUAGAUGCAAUAUGUGAAAGGCUUAAACCGGCCUUAUGCACUGAAGGCACAUUUCUAGUGCGUGAAGGUGAUCCUGUUAAUGAGAUGCUCUUCAUAAUCCGCGGACACCUUGAUUCCUACACCACCAACGGUGGACGAACUGGAUUCUUCAACUCAUGCCGCAUUGCUCCUGGAGGCUUCUGUGGUGAGGAAUUGCUUACAUGGGCCUUGGACCCCCGUCCUAGCAUCAUCCUUGCUUCGUCCACUCGCACAGUCAAGGCCAUUUCAGAAGUAGAGGCAUUUGCUUUACAAGCAGAUGACUUGAAGUUUGUAGCGGCCCAAUUUAGAAGAUUACAUAGUAAACAACUCAGACACAAGUUCAGGUUCCACUCACACCAGUGGAGAUUGUGGGCUGCUUGUUUCAUACAAGCUGCGUGGCGUCGGUUCAAAAGGCGAAAAGAAGCAGUUGAAUUAAAGGCUUAUGAAAACACCAUGGCUAUUGAGCCUGAAUCGCCAUCUUCGGGGUCAGGCUUGCUAACAUAUGCAACAAGGUUGGCAGCAAGCACUAGAAGGGGAGCAAGUAGUCAUUCUGGGUUAGGUUCUGGUGUUGUGAGUUCACUGCAGAAACCGGAAGAACCAGAUUUUUCUAUUGACGAGGAGUAAAUAGACUACUUUUUUUUCUU